AGCUUGACUUCGCUGAGAAUGGUCGUGCAUGAGUUUUUGAAAAUGAAUGUUGGAAGAUCGAGUUGUUGAUUUGGUAGCAGCUACAAAAAUUCAGAAGAAUAUCAUCGUGCCAGUGCAGUGUAGUUGUGGCAAUGGAAUAGUGCUGUGGAGGUAGGAUUUGAACAAUGGGCGCCGUCUUCGCUAAGAAAAAGGCCGAUGACCUCGUGAAUCCUGAUCAGCAGCUCCAGGAAAGAAAGGAUUAUGCAGAUAACCUUCGUGCCCAACUCAGUAUCAAGUGCCACAGGGAGAAAAACCUAGAAGCAUGCCAUGCCCUCGGGGAGUUCUUUCUUGCUUUUGACAAGAACAAAUUCAUGGCUAAGGAUGUGCUGCAUAAGAACUGCCACGAUGCCAAGCAUGGUGAAAGCUGUUUACUCCUGGGCCAGGUUCACCUGUCUUAUGAAGGUGAGGACGACCGUGACGUCAAAGCAGCCAUGCAACAUUUCACCGAGGCAUGCCGGUUGAACGUGGGUGGUGGCUGCACCAUGGCGGGUAUUGUACAUGGCAUGGGCAUUGACGGUGUCUAUCCCGUCAAUCUGCAGGCGGCAGCCGAUGCGUUUGGUCGGGGAUGCGACCUGGACGACAAGGUGGGCUGCUUUCAAGGUGGCAUGAUUGCACGCUACGCACCCACACCGGAUAUUGUCGCCGACCACCCGCGUGCAGCCAGUAUGUUCUCAAAGGCCUGUGACAAGGGCAGCCUAAUGUCCUGCAGAGAAGUAGCCACCAUGUAUGAAAAAGGAAUUGGCGUGCCGGUGGACGCUGCCAAAGCACAUGAGUAUCAUGAGAAGUCCCUGCCCAUGUUUAGACCAGACGAAUAUGUAGCAAAGUAGGUUAGGCUUGUAUUCUAAUUUUUUAUUUUUUCAAAAUCUGGAGAAAGUGUUGGCUUGUGCUUCAAGUAGCUGUUGCCAGCUGGAGCUGACAUCAUCUCAUCAUGCCCUGACUGCGGUCAGCCAGGGCCAAAUAUUCCGACAUCAGUACUGCCACUUCAGAGUGUCUCCAAGAGUAGGUUCCCCACGUCGUCAGAUAUGCGGACGUGGCAAGCGCGAGGCAUGUAUUGCUUCUUGAGAAAUUCUCUUUUUUUCUUUCUUUCUUUUUAGUCUGUUGACCGGCAAAUUUCUACUCCAUGCUGCCGUUGCUGCUACUUCUGCUUGCUUGCUUAAUUAAGCUGUUCAUUCCCUGCAGAUACUUGACACUGUAGCUACUGCCAGUGCAUACUUUAGGCCUGACUUUUCCUUGGAACUUGUUCUGCAAUUCCAAAUUACUCGGUGACCACACUAUUUUAUGUGUUGCGUUUCACUCCGAGUUCUCCACAUGCGAUACCCAUAGGCUUUAUUUCUUCAACUUAUUGGAGCUGUCUGCUCAUCGAUCUACGACCGACAUAUUUUGAAUUUUAAAAAAGGGUUUCGCACGGAAUGAG